GAGGUUUUGGGUGUGUGAGUGGUCACAGGAGGUGCGAGCUAUCGUGGGGUUUUUUUUUCUGGUUUUCUCUUCACUUUUAUCGAUAGAGUUAGUCUCUUUAAGUAAAGAGAUAAGUUAAGUUAGUUUCCGGUUAAGUAAAGAGAACAGACAGUCAAUUAUAGUGUUUUUUUGUGUGUGUGUUAAAUAGUGUAGAUUAAAAGACAGGUAAGUUAGCCAGGUGUGUAGUAGCAGGGCGGGAGCGGGAUGGCGUCCCUCACACAGAGGGUGGCGUCACCUGUCUCCCUCCGCCAUGGCGUCAGGUGUAUGCCGGCUAACGGCGUAAGUGUGGAGGACGUUUUACUGGCAAUGGGGACGGAGGUCGGGAAUGAGAAUAUUUUCGCUGCUUCCCGCAUGAACAAAGCGGUCGUGGUGUUUCUGAGGGAGGAGAGUCAGGCGAGACACCUGACCAACACCGGCAUUUUGUAACGGGAACAAUUCAAAGCAGGAGUGUGAGGAUUUUGAUCAGAAUUUCUUGCAUUUCAGUCUGCUGCCUGCUGUGUUAAUUAUACUACUGCUGUCAUUCGUACAGCAGAGAAAGAAGAUUUAUGCCUUUGAGAAGAGAUUUCUGUGUCUGAGCGGCCGAUUUGGUUUAGUGGUACCUGUGGACUUCACCAGCACUCAGGAGAAUCGAUGGUCCUACGCUUUUGCUUUUGGUGCCAUCACUGGUCAAAUGGUCAAUCUGAUCUUUGGGAUCAGUGACCCGCUUCCUUUUACACUGCCUUCUUAUCUCAAAGUGUUUGUGUAUAUGGCAGCUGCAAUGAAGGUUGGCAUGGCCUGCAUGCCCUUAUUCUGCUGCCUGUCAACACCACACAAAUUGCUGGGAGGAGUCUUGGGCCUGCUGUUUUCACUCUUUUGGUUCACUAUGAGCAUGUAUGAGUUAGUCUGGUGCAGUGAAUCAACAGCAUCUAAAGGAGGUUUGAGAGAUUACUUAUUAGAACACGAGUGGUUGCUGGAUCUCCCACCUUUACUGUGUCUGGGCUUCCUGGUGUGUCAGUUUAGGUACCAGACAGUGAUGGACAUUCUCAAACGUCUGAAGAAACACAACCAACAGCAGACAGAAGAAAAUAAGGAGCAGUACAAGUACGUACAGAGAUUACUGCAGCGUUUAGAUGAAAGGUCUUUGCAGAAGAGCUGGUUUCAGAGGAAAGUGUAUGAGUGGGAUCCGUAUUUUAAAUUCCCAAACAGGAUCAUCGCCACCGUCGUGCUCUGCUUCCUCAGUUUGUACAUGGUGUGUAUGGUGCUGCUUGAGCUGGUGAUUACUUCGUACGGUUUCGUCCUGUUGGACCACAUGUGGGAUGCAUUAUCUCAUUUAUUCACCAAAUCAGAUUUCAUCACAUCAGAAUUCACCAAACACCUGAACUAUUUUAAAUGCUCCUGGUACGUCUCUUCAGCCUGCGCCAUCUUUUCCUCUGUCGUUCACAUUAGCCGUGUGUUGGUGUGUUACAGGAAGCAGAUCAAAUCUUUGUGGGCCGGACAAAAAAUAUACUUACCCAGGAAGUACAGACCGAGUCCUACGUCUAGUCUGGGCGGCCUGCUGAAGUACCCCAGCUACCAGAUCGCCUUCACUCUGUGGGGUUAUCUGAUCGUGCACUUGGCCUUGUUCGUGGGUAUCUUGGUGUUUGUGUACACGGUUAUAUCUCCGAUCUGGACGAACGGCUUCCAGCACUGGCUGACCGACCUGAUCAUCGUCCUGGCGAAUUUCUUUGUGCUGCUGGCUGUGAUGGGGCUCCAGCGCAUGUUCAUCCACUUGUUUUUCCUGCAAGAUAAAAACUCUCCUAUGGAUAAAGACAAACCUUUAGCACUCAAUAACAGGAAGGUCUUCCACAACGUGAACUACUUCCUUUUCUUCUUUAAUGUGAUCCUGGGUGUGAUGAGCUGCAUGAUGCGCUUCAUGAAAAGCUCAGCCGUGGGGCUGAUGCUGCUGCCGUGUAUCGAGCGAGCCAUAAUGCCGCAGGGCUUCGAGAGGCUGGACAAGUGUUACUGUACCUGGGUGGGGAUGAUCAUAACAGAUCAUCAUCACAGUAAUCCAGUUCUGCUGUGUUUCUGUCACCUGCUGCUGCGGCGUGUCCGAGUGGACGAGAACUUAUGCUUCAGAUCAGAGCAUGCUGUGAGAGAGCAAGCUCGAACCCGCUGGUUCCUCAUGUACACGCUGGUGAGGAACCCGAAACUCAUCCUGAUGAGAACGCGAGCGGAGCAGAGCAAAACGGACACGGAGUUUGCCUUCGCAUGGGCUGUCGCUAACACGCCGUAGUCGCAGUGCAGCGCGUCACACAGAGAAAUCGCUCAGAAUCAUCAGCAGGAAGCUUCAGCAGUCAGGAAGACUUCAGGAGUUUUUUUUUAUAAAUGAGUGUGUCAAUAGUUUUAUAUAAAUCAGUAGUGUAGUGUACAGCAGUUUGUUUGUGUGUGUGUGUGUGUGUUAACGGCCUGUAACUUCCUGAUGUGUCUCCACCUUCUGAGACUCCUGGAUCUGAUACUUUUAUAUUUGAUAUUGUUCUUGAUCAUUAUGUCAUUGUUUGUAGAAUUGUUGUGUAAUUGUGUGGUUGUUGUAUUUGUGUUGAAGUUCAGAUUUGUUUGGCAGAAUUAACAUGGAACUAAUGCUGAUCAUAAGGACGGAAGAAUAAAAUAAAUAAAUAAUAAAUAUCUGGAA